CCCAACUUCAAGACCUCAUCCUGCCCACUACAGUGCCCCACAUCCAAUCGCCAUUGCCAGCAACCUUCACCUCAUACCUUGCAGCACCUAACUCAAAGGAUCAGGACAUCAUAUAGUGUUUUACACUCUGAUUGGGAUUUGGAUCAAGAGCAAGGCUCAAUUCCCGGAUUCAUUCGACCCCUCGCUUCUGGGACAGAGCCCUUCAUCACGGCGCCUGCCUACCAUGGCGGACAUCAUCGUCGAUCAAGCUCCUCCAGCCCUUUCCGUCCCUUCUGAAAAAGAGAAGAAGUACGAUCGUCAGCUUAGACUCUGGGCUGCGAGUGGUCAAGCUGCCCUAGAGUCUGCCAACAUUCUGCUCGUGAACUCGGGCUCGGGAACUGUCGGUGUUGAGACCCUUAAGAACCUUGUUCUCCCAGGUAUUGGCAAGUUUACUAUCGCCGACGAAGCCGUAGUAGACGAGACAGACCUUGGUGUCAACUUCUUCCUGGACGAGUCCCAUAUUGGCAAAUCCAGAGCCCAGAGCUGUACCGAAUUACUGCUGGAGCUCAACCCCGAGGUACAGGGUGACUGGUAUCCUCAAAAAUCGGAACCGAUGAACCUCCAACACGUCCUAGACAGCGCAACCCCUUUUACCGUGAUAUUGUACACGCUACCCACGAAGCCUGAGAGUCUUCAGGCCAUCGAGUCUUACAGCCUCGAACACAAGACUCCCUUGAUAGCCAUUCACUCAGCUGGCUUCUAUUCGUACUUCCGCAUUCAUCUUCCUGGAGUUUACCCUAUUGUCGACACCCAUCCGGAUGCAACCUCGACCACAGAUUUACGGCUUUUGGCCCCAUGGGAAGAGUUGGAGACAUUUUCCGAAGAAAUGACCAAGGAUAUUGAUAAUCUCAACAGCCACGACCAUGGACACUUGCCCUUCGUGGCCAUCCUCCUACACUAUCUUAAGGUCUGGAAGGCGUCCCAUAACGGCGCUGCGCCUAGCAACUAUAAGGAGAAGGUUGAGUUCCGGAACUUGGUAGCCAGGGCUACAAGGACGGAUAACGCAGAAGGUGGAGAGGAGAACUUCGAGGAGGCUAUUGCCGCGGUCUUGAAGACCAUUCUUCCUCCCUCUCUCCCAUCUGCUGUCAGGCAGGUCUUUGAAUACAAACAUACCGAUAGUCGAGAGGGAAAAUCGAGUUUUUGGAUUAUUGCAGACGCAGUCCGAGAGUUCUAUGAGAAGCACCAAUGCUUGCCUGUUCCGGGCGGCCUCCCGGAUAUGAAGGCGCAGUCUAGCGUGUACAUCCAACUCCAGGAUGUUUAUAAGGCCAAGGCUCGCAAGGAUGCAGCCGAGGUCCUAGAUUCGGUCCGCCAGAAACCUGGUGGCGAGGCCGUCGACCCAGCCGAAGUCGAACUGUUCUGCAAGAAUGCGGCCUUUGUCAAGUUGAUUGUCCCUUCAAAUGGUGGGAACGAACAGCUGCGCAUAGUGGCAGAACAAGAAUUUGCCAACGACAAAAUGGCUCAAGAGGGUGUGAUGCCGUUGUCAUUACUUCCUAUCUACCUCGCCCUCCGUUCCACGUCCCACACAGCCACAGCAUCCCCGGAUGAAAUUUUGACAAACAUUCGAGCGCUUCUCCCAGACUUUAGCGAUAACGAGCGGCUCGUACAAGCUGCACAAGAGGUAUCCCGGGCUGGUGGCGGGGAGCUACACAACAUUUCUGCCGUGACAGGUGGCAUGGUGGCUCAGGAGACGAUCAAAAUCAUCACAAACCAGUAUGUGCCCAUUGAGAACACGUGCAUAUUCGACGGGAUUGCAAGCCGGUGUCAGGUUCUUCGCUUGUAGAACCAAAGGCGCCUCCCAGCUCGGGUCUCAUGGAUCAUCGCAUCGCACACCAUUGGGCUCCACUUCAGGAUGGGCAGGGGUUUGUCGAUGCCUUGUCAGCCGGGGGCUGGCCUUGAGUCAAGUACAUAAGCCUUGCCAGAAAUAAAUGACCUACAACAUACCCCGGAAGGAAUCCGAC